CACUCUCUUGUAGCCAACGCUUUUAGACAUUUAACACCCAUUUCUUCAUCAACGAUCUUCAUCAGCUCUGGAAGACGUCGAGUCGUUUAUUUGGACUCAAAAGUCAUGGAUGUAUGGUUCUGUUCAGCGGUUCCAGUGUUCACCUGGAGGCUUUUGUUUCUUUCAAGCCUCUUCCAGUGCUAUUGGGGCUCCAUGCUCGAUUGUCCGCCAACAUGCAGCUGUUCGCCCACCGAGAUCUAUUGUAAUAAGUCCGACAGUGGGAAUUUUUUCCCGUUACUUGCUCUACAAGAUCAGCUGGACAAUGGCAGUAACAAUAAUGACAUUGAAGAUCUCUUCAUGAACAUCACGUCAAUACACAUAGAGAACUGGACAGGAUUGCAGAUUCUUAAGGAUGUUGACAUGGAACUGUACACAGGACUCCAGAGACUGACAAUAACGAACUGCAAUUUACGGACAGUUCAGGCACGUGCAUUUGCACAAAACACACAUCUCCGCUACAUAAAUCUUUCCAAGAACCCCCUUUCAACACUCUCCUGGCAGCUCUUCCAGCACCUUCAACUUGUUGAACUAAGGCUAGAGGGGGUCAUCUUUGACUGUGGCUGUGAGAUUCGAUGGAUUCAGCUCUGGCAGCAGAGAGGUGAGGCCAGUCUGCACACCCAACAGCUUUACUGCAAGAACGGACCAUACAAGAUCCGCCUGAGAUCAAUGAGCAUUGCCCACUGUGACCUGCCAGAUAUCAGUGUUGCUCACAGUAACCUCACUGUGAUGGAGGGCGGUAAUGUGACGCUCAGCUGUAACGGUUCUGGUUCUCCGUUACCUGAGGUGGACUGGACUGUAAACGGCCUUCACUCCAUCAACACGCAUCAGUCGAACGUCUACUGGCCUAACAUUCACUCCAUCAACCUGACGCUGGUCAACGUGAGCAGGGACGACAAUGGAUUUGUCCUGACCUGUAUCUCUGAGAAUGUGGUGGGGAUGACUAAUGUGACCCUACAGCUUGCUGUGCUAUUUCCACCAGUAAUCCUGAAGCUGGAUGAGCCAGAACGCCGCCACCACACCUGCAUCGAGUUCACUGUGAGGGGCUUCCCCCAUCCCACACUGCGCUGGUUCCACAUGGACCGUGAGAUCCUGCAGAGCGAGUACAUACACACAGAGAUGGAGUAUUACCAAGAUUACUCAGAAGGCUGCUUGACAUUUGAAAACCCAACGCAUUACGACAAUGGAAAUUACACCCUUGUGGCCACUAACCCUCUGGGGUCAGUCACCAAAACUGUCCACGGAUAUUUCCUCGAGCCACCUUUCAGUGAAGAUGACGGCAUAAUUGAGUACAUACCUGAAGAUGAGGCGAAGAGACCUGAAGAAGAUUCAUUUGGAAUGUCAAUUGCUGUGGGUCUGGCUGGUUUUGGCUGUGUCUUCCUCAUCGUGGUUUUCAUCCUCAUCAACAAAUACAGCAGGCGCAACAAAUUUGGAAUAAAAGGCCCUGUGGCAGUCAUCAGUGGGGAGGAAGACUCUGCAAGUCCUCUUCAUCAUGUCAACCAUGGGAUCGUCACCCCCUGCUCUCUUGAUGCGGGACCUGAUGCUGUGGUAAUUGGCAUGAGUCGUAUUCCUGUCAUUGAGAACCCACAGUACUUUCGACAUGGACACAACUGUUACAAGCCCUCCGCCUAUGUGCAGCAUAUUAAACGGAGGGACAUUGUUCUGAAGCGGGAACUAGGAGAGGGUGCUUUUGGAAAGGUGUUUCUGGCCGAAUGUUACAACCUCAGCCCCAAUAAUGAUAAAAUGCUGGUAGCUGUCAAGACUCUCAAAGAUCCGACCCUGGCUGCCAGAAAAGAUUUUCAACGGGAGGCUGAGCUCCUUACCAACCUCCAACAUGAGCACAUUGUGAAGUUUUAUGGUGUGUGCGUGGAUGGCGACCCUCUCAUAAUGGUGUUUGAAUACAUGAAGCAUGGAGAUCUCAAUAAAUUUUUAAGAGCCCAUGGUCCAGACGCCAUGAUCCUCGUGGAUGGCCAACCGAUGCUGUCUAAUGGAGAGCUCGGUCUCUCUCAGAUGCUUCAUAUCGCGACACAGAUAGCGGCAGGGAUGGUCUACUUGUCCUCUCAGCAUUUUGUACAUCGUGACCUGGCCACUCGCAACUGUCUUGUGGGUAAUGGCCUGUUAGUGAAGAUCGGAGACUUUGGGAUGUCCAGAGAUAUCUACAGCUCAGAUUACUAUCGGGUGGGAGGCCACACCAUGCUGCCCAUACGCUGGAUGCCUCCAGAGAGCAUCAUGUACAGGAAGUUCUCCACAGAGAGCGAUGUAUGGAGCUUUGGAGUCAUUAUGUGGGAGAUAUUCACCUAUGGGAAACAGCCAUGGUUUCAAUUAUCCAAUAAUGAGGUCAUUGAAUGUAUUACCCAAGGUCAGGUUCUAGACAGGCCUCGUCUGUGUCCUAAAGAAGUGUACGACCUCAUGUUAGGUUGCUGGCAAAGAGAACCACAACAGCGACUGAACAUCAAAGAUAUUCAGAAAGUCCUUUACGCUCUGGGAAAAGCCACACCUGUCUACUUGGACAUCCUCGGCUAAGACUGGUGCAUAACUUCUCACCAGAAUCCAACACAAUCCAGGAAUAACCAAACAAACCCUUUUCCCACUGCGCUCCACUUUAAAAACACCAACACGUCAGAGAUGGACUUUAAGUGCCUGCAACACUUUUUUUUCGAUACACUGGAUAAAAGUGAAAAAAUAUUUAAAAACAAACUUUUACAUUUUGUUUACUGAUACAGUAUAUAGUGUACAGAAUUAUAUGAUAAAGACAAACAUUUUCCUAUAAAGUGAUGCUGAAAAUACAUUUGCGUUAAGAAUAUUUUGCCUUCUGUGGCAGCACUGUGUCUGAGAAAUUAUGAUUUUCAGUGUUUCGUUUUAUAAACAAACAAAUACAGUAUGAAUAUAUUUUUAUUUCAUUUGAUUCAUUUUAAAGGUCAAGUGUGGAUGCUUGUCAUGUUUAGUGCUGUUGAUACAUUAUCUUUUCAAGACGGCUGCUCUUUAGUUGUGAUAAGCAUUUACAGAUGGGAUUUAUUUAAGGAAAGCCUUAUAACUUUUUGAUUAGUUUGAUGAUGAUGCAGUCAGCAUCUUUCUCUUUUAUGUUUUCCUGUAACUUUGAUUUGAGGUAUAUAGCUCAUGAGCGGGCAACUUGGAACCUUUAGAAUACUAAAACGCUGAUACAUUUUAAUUGUGUGUGGUUGUAUAUACUGUAAAUUUAUAUAUUGUCAACCUGUUAACUUAUUUUUUUUUUCAUGUGCUUUGAGUUAUUUUUCGAAACAUGGUUUAUUUUGAGAUGUACACUUUAUAAAGGGUCAGCCAGGAGAGAACAUAAAUAUCACACAGUAUCUUAAAAUUAGCACUUUGCAGGUCAUUACAAUACAGGGUCUAUUAUUGUUUUAUGGAAGGGAAGAUGUUUUCACCCAUCAUGGCCAAGCCCAAUUUGUAAAAUGCCAUGCUGCCAUACUUUUCCAAUCACCAUAAAUGAAUGUAGAAAAACAUGAAUUAAAAAUCAGGCUCUAUGUCAGUCAGAUCAUGUUUAUAUUCAUGUAUUGCAAUCUUCAUACCAUUUGAUAAAUAUCAAUGACAUAGCAUCUAAAGUUAACAAUUUCAUGAUGGUUUUGUCUGUAGCUAAACAGUUCUAUUUUGAUCGAGGGGCUGUUUUUCGGGGAUGUUUGUCAUUCAACGCCAAAUCUCUUUAAAGUCAGGAUUUUGAUGGUAAUGGAUUAUUUUGCCUCUUCACAACACCACAGAUAUUUGCAUACAACAUAUUAAAGUGUAUGUUUAGUUUAAGUAUUAAAUAAAUAUCUAAACCUUUUCUGUUUGCUUUUAAGCUGUUCGGACUUGAUAGUGGCUGCUAAAUAGUAUGUGACAUAACCUAGUUUUGACUGAAGCUGUUAUGAAAUCCAUAGUGAUGACUGGAUGUGCCCUACCUUCCGCACUUGAGGCAUCAAGGAGAAGUGAAUCUAACUGGUUGUUGCUUCCACAAUGGUGGGGAGGUGUUUUAAUAAAGGCCUUGGUUUGU